GGAGACGCACGUGGGAGAUCGGGCAGCAGCGUCCGCCAUGCAGAGGCCGGGCGGCUCCCGUGUGUGUGUUGUGUGCGGGGAAGGCGGGCGGGGCGGCGCCAAGUACCGCUGCCCGGGCUGCCGGGAGAGAUAUUGUUCAGUGUCCUGCUGCAGGAAACAUAAAGAACAAUGUGCACCCAAAGCAGAGCCGCGUCUGGAGCCUACAAGUCAAGAAACUUCCCAGAGGACGGCAUCCAUGAACAAUGAAGGACAUUCUUGGUCAGUGGAUGACAUUUUGACAGAAGAGGAUGAAGGCGAUAAGGUGCCCCUGCAGAAACUUCGGCUCUUGGGGGAAUCUGAAGAACUCAAAGGCCUCCUCCUCAAUCCCCACCUCGGCCAGCUGCUUCUCACUGUCGACCAGGCCAAAGACAAGAGUGCCGUCCUGAAGAAAUACAUGCAGGAGCCCCUCUUUGUGGAGUUUGCAGACUGUUGCCUGAGGGUUGUUGAGCCUCCCGAGGAGAACGAAUGCCCAGAGUGAUUUUUGUGUGUGUGGAGCAGAAGUAUCCUCUCCACCACCUUUGAUUAUCUUCAGGCUGUAAAGAGAGUUCAGGUUUGGAACAGGAGGAAGAGCCAAGUUUCCCACUGCUCUUGUAAGAGCAUCUUGAUCUUACAUUGGAUGGGAAUAAAUGCAAUUGCAGCUAAAGUUACUUUGCCCUAUUGAUUUCAGUGAGACUUCCUUGGGGUGAACCCCUGGUUUUGUUCCCAUUAGUUCUGGAGCCAUUGACAGAAGCAGGCUGGAGAAACAAACACAGUAACUUAUUUCAUAAUCAUGGAUGUUUUUAUUGAGUCUUGAUUUGUAGAAAAUGGCCUAUAAGUAUGAAACUGAUCCCUGUAUCUAAUCCUAAGGAGUGUACUUAUAGACUGAAUCUUAUCUUCCUGUCUGAGCAUUGUUUGGAAUUCUGCUUACUGAAAUUUUGAAAUGACUGAGCCCAUAAACUUUGUCUUACCCCAGAGUAGAUUUGCCUGCCUGGUGUCCACCAGAUGUUUUGGAUUGCAGAAUCCCAUCUGCCCUAGCCAGCUUAGCUACAUGCCAACUGGGGUGAAUGGGAGCUGUGGUCCAAUAGAGUUGGAGAGAACCCAGUUGGCAUAGGGGGCAAUUUUUUUUUAAAAAAAGUCCCAGAGCAACAGUGGGUUUGUUUCUCUCUCCCUGAGAGAACAACCACCCUGUAUUACAAUAAAGUUUAAAAACGUUUAAAAGAGACCUUUUCACAAUACUGUACUUUAAAAAAAAGUUACCUUUGGUUUAUAACUCAAGACAGUAGUUCACAAUGUGAUUUUCCUGAGGUAUGGACUUGGAAUAUUAAAACCCCAGUUGGUUUAGAGAUUUUGCUUCCAACUCCUGAUUAUAUAAAUUGGAGUAAGAUAAUUGAUGUUUAAACCAAUCUGGUGAAUAAGUUGCUCACCUGCCAUUUUAAUUUUAUUUUUACUGGACAGGAAGCUAGUAGCCUACACACCUGCAGAGGAAGAAAUACUGACUAGUAAAAAAUAAAAAAAAUAAAGUUUUUGCUUAAGCAGGCUUGUGGUAGGAUCAGGGAGGUGCAGUCCACCUCCACAAGUCUGCUGAGGAAACUGCUUCAUUUCCUCUGUGGCUAGAACGGCACUGAGGGUUGACCUGCAUGGAAUUCCAGAUCACCUAUGGUGACCAGGCAAGUUGUUAAAUGCAAGGCUGGGUGGAGUCUCUCUCUCUGGCAGGUGUUGGCGUAAGCUGCUCAGCUUUUGUAGAUGGACACAAGGCCCCCUCGGUCCCCAGAGAAGUGUGUGUAUGAGGUACAGCCUGUCCUUCUGUAUUUUGAAAGGAUGGAUAGAAUAUGUAUGUCACAGAGAAAUUCUGUGAUAGGAUCUCCCAACAUCAUGUGCAUAUAGUGCUUGCAGUAAUGGGGAGGUGUGCCUUCCCCAGAGAAUUGCCCUGUGACCUUCCACCAAGAGAUGCUACACACCACAUGACAGUCUGAACCAUUUUUUGAGGAAACAGUAUCCUAAAUGCAGUGGGAGAGAUGCAGCUUGAUGAAGGUUCUUGGGUGAGAAAGCGAAAAAAAAAGUGCAGUAAAUAGUACAUAAAAGCAUGUAGAAGUCAGUUUUCAAGCUGAAAGGAGCUUGUAGUUGUCGAUGAGAAUCUGGUUGAAGCCGGUCAUGGUGCAGUUGUGGGUGUGCGGCCUGGUGUUUGCGUAAAGCAGUGGAGAUUUCCUGCAGUGGAACUUGAUAGAGCCCUAGGAGGAGAAAUGGGUUGCCCUGGUGAGCCAUGUCCAGGCAGCAUGCACAACACUAAAUGAGAUGGACCAAUGGUCUGACUCUGAAAAAGGCAGCUUUCUAUGUGGUUGGACUCCCAACUUCCAUCAGCCGUGGGCAGCAUAGCCAGUGGUUAGAGAUGAUGUGAUGUGUAGUCCAGUGACAUAUAUUCAUUGCAGGCGGUUAGACUAGAUGAUUCUCAGGGUCCCGCCCAACUCUAAAAUUCUAUCGGGAGGGACACAGGUUCCCCAUCCCUGCCGCCUUUAUGGAAAAGGAUGAGCCUUGGAUGUUUCAGGGCAGAGUUUGGCAUCAGGCUUUUUUAUUUUUACAUACGUUUUGGGGUUUUCUAACUGGCACUGACUCUGAAAGAUUUCUGUCCACCUCCCUCCCACAACAUGGGAGACAGUAACCAACCAGUUUUUGGGGGGGGGGGGGUUAGUCACAUGGUCCUUACCUGUGGGAGGGCUCUGAUGGAGGUGACACCUUUCGUGCGCUGCUUGGUCUCUGCCUUGUGAUGGUUGUUCUGCUGUAGCACUUGGAGGCAGGCCAGGAGGGCGAGGUCUCUCUGAAAAGCACCCAGUGUCACUGGGCCGCUUGAAAGGACCAGCCCAAGAGGCCAGAACUGGAUUGCUGCAUUUAGGGGGCAUAGUUUUUCCAACUUGCUAUGUGUCUCACUCAAUGAAGCUGUUGCCUUAAGGCUGGAGGAGAGGGGGCUUCCUUCUAAGUCAUCCAACUCCUCUGCGGCCAGGACAUCCAUCUUGGCCUACAGAAAGACAGAAAGUAUUUAAAACUUAUUGGGGGGGGGCAGAGAUUCUCAGAAAGUAGAAAGUUGUGUUGGUGCUGUUUUUUCUGUUGUGUAACUGCAGCCUCGUUUCCAGCUUUCCAAAAAGCUGCUGGGAAGACUUUGAUCUCUUACCUUCCAUUUCUUCCAGGUCCGUUUUAUAACCCUGACAGCUUUCCGUAGCCUCUGGAAAUGUUUCCUGGCCAACCACGAGCGAACAGCUGAGAAAGAAAGACAUUGCAUUAAGGGAGUACAAGGAACAGAGGAAAGGACCUGAUACCAGGUGUCCAUGCAGCUUAGUAUCGUCUGCUCUGACUGUCCGGGGUCUCAGGCAGAGAGAAGGCUCCAUCCCAUCCCUUGCUAUCUGAUCCUUCCAAAUGCAGAGUGAACCUGCCACCUUCUGCAUGCAAAGCAAGUGCUCUCCCACUGAGCUAAGUCCCCUCUCUAAAAUGUACACAGAAAGCCUUCUACCCAGUCAGACUGUUUGUCCACCUAUCUAACCUAGGGGUGGACAACCGUAGGCCUGGGGUCUGAAUACAGCCCUCCAGGUCUCAUCUCUUCUCUCCUCAGGUCACACAUUCUCUCUCUAGACCACAUCCCUCACCAGGCUGCUUGCCUGGCUCCUCCUUGAGGCUUUCUGCCUGCCUGGGAUGUGUCCUUGAAAUCCGACCAUACCGCUUUUGCUCGUCUGGCUGGAGGAUAGAGAGAGGAGUGUGUGUUGGAAGUGUAUGCAUUCACAAAGCCCAGAACAAGGUAGGUUCAGGGCACCUUAGAGACCUCCUGAACCUUUCUAUCCCAGCUCGAUCAUUGAGAUAAUCUAUAGGAGCCUAGUUGGACAUUUCCCUCAUUUGACAACAUCAAGAAACCUGUCACAGGCCCAGCCCUGUGGAACACAUGGCCAACAGAGAUUCAGCAAGCACCUUCUGUACCAGCUUUUAAAUGCAUGCUGAAAACUUUUGUUUCACUGGGCUUAUGCAGGCAAUUAAGAAGACAUUUGUACAAUGGUUAGCUGAUCUUUGAUUUUAUGUAUAAUUGUUGUAAACCAUUCUCUUGUGCUUUUUAUGAACAUCUGUAUAUGAAUAUUUUUUAAAAAUAUAUGAAAUAGCACAAUGCCACGGUAAAAUCUGUCUUUAUUGCUGCGGGCAUGUGACCCUCAGAAGGGAACGUAACCCCUUGGCCUGAAAAGGGUUCCCUGCCCCCGACCUAACCCAGGUAAACCCACCUGCUCCUACUUUCCCCUCACCUGACUGGAUGACUGUGGCCGACGCUCUCUCUUGAGCCAGCUUCCUCCUCUUAAACCUUCGCCAGCAGCACUGGAUGCAGAAAGCUUUGUCAGCUAAGACUCUGGCUCGCCCAACUUCAAGGAGUUCCAGCUACAGCAGAGAAAAAUAAUAAGUCUGUUAGUUGGAGCCACAUGCACUCAGGCUUCAGGCAUAUCUGGCCUUUGGACUGCCCCCAAAGGAUUUUAUUUUAUUUUUAAGGAGACCGAUUUAACCUGGUGAGAAGAGUUUCAGAGUCCCUGUUUUAAGUACAAGUAAGCAAACCUACCUGAUUGGAG